UCUCCCGAGUUCCCCCUUCUCCCGCGGCCCCGGGGGGGCCGGGGCGGGUCUGUGGGGUCGGGCAGAGGCGCCGGCGCUGCCCCGGCGAGGCGGGGCCGGGCAGGAGCGGCCCGAGCGCGGCUCCGCUCGGCUCGGGGGCGGCUCCCGCGGAGCCCUCGGCCGCGGCCGGGCACGAUGUCGGCCGGGCUGGGGCCGUGGCUGCUGGGCUUGGCCUUGGCCUUGGGGCCGGCAGGGCUGUGGGCGCAGCUGAGGCUGGAGGAGGCCGGCGGAGGGCACCGAGCGCCCGGGGAGUCCGUGCUCCUCUCCUGCCGCGGGUCCGGCUUCACCUUCGAGAAUCAUUAUGUUCGCUGGUACCGUCAGGCACCCGGAGUGGGGGUCGAGUGGGUGUCCUGGAUAAGCCAUUUUUCAUCACAGAUUCAGUUUGGGCCAGCAGUGGAGGGUCGAGCCACAGCCUCCCGGGACAAUUCCCGCUCUGAGGCAUCUCUCAGCCUGCACCUCCUGCACGCUGGGGACUCUGCCCGCUACUUCUGUGCUGUUUGCACAGAGAUACGAAAUCGGCUGAGCUUGAACACAAACCACCCGUCAGUGUCCCAGCCUCGGAGCUGGAAGGGGCUGUGUCCCACAGAUGUGCAGCAGCAGGACUUCAUUUCUGCAAGCAGUCCAAAACAUUCUGUCCCACAAGUCAUUGUGAUGAAAUCAAAGAAACUGGAAGAAGGAGGCAGCACUGGGAAAGCAGCUUGUUUGGCAAGGAAUUUCAGUACAAAGAACAUCAGCUUGGAGAUGUCCUCUGAUGAGGUCGUGUAUGAACAGAGCACACCCAUUCUGGCGUCAGAGGGGCUGUACAGUGCAAUGAAGGUGGUCAGUGUGACAAAAGACACAGAGGUGACCUGCAAGGCCCAUUUGGACAUUGGCACCAUUACAGCAUUGUCAGAAAAGGAGGCUGAAGAACCCGUAACGAGGACCAGUAACAGGGUUUGCAACAGCACAGACACCUCUGCCCAAGGUACCACAGUGCAGAGAGUGAACAUGCUGUCUGUGGCUGUGCUGGGUUUGAGAGUCCUGCUGGCAAAAAGCAUCGCCUUCAAUACACUCAUGAGUAUCAAGUUGGUUCUUUUCUGAGCCAUGUGGAGUCAAGGCAAGAGGAACCUGAAGAACUGCAGGAAAGAAGGUGAACCAGCAGCACAACGGGCUGGACAAGCAGUGUCACAUCUGCUGACAGUGAGCACCCAGAACACAACACAGCCCCUUCCCCUUUAGACAUUUGAUGCUGUUCAAUCCUGCCCAGCCAGUUCAUUUAGAUUUAAGAGUUGUAACUGCUUUUGCUAUUUCUUUUUCUCUGUGCACUGAGGAGAGUGCAUUUCUCCUCAUCCUCCUGCUGAGUAGAUCUCCCCACUGUUCUGGCAUUUACACAGGAAUGUCCAACCUGCCUCAAUAGUUGUAGAAAAACCCAAUCCUCACUAUCAAUACAUAUAGAUAUAUAGAGAGCUAUAUAACGUUUUAAAUCAGGUUUCACAGGCAUGUUGUGUUACUGUCUGUAGAACUGGUGUGUUACUGCAGAGACAAUUCAGGCACAAUAGUUGCCAUUUAUAGCUUUGGUUUUUAGACAGCUUUAUUAACAAUAAUUUCCUAUUGUGGUUGAGAAGACCUGUGUUGGAUCUGAAGUGAUCCAAUUCAAACAGAUAAUGUUCAACCAUAGAAACAUUUCUUUCUUAAACCUGUAUUUCUUCUGCAAAAUAUAUCCCACGUGCAUUUUAGUUUCCUGUAGUAGUGACAAAAAUAAAAUUUUCCUUGACCAAAA